AUGGAAGGUAUAAAAGAAGAGGCCAUACAUCAUACAGCAUUAAAACUUGCGGAAGAAAUAAAAAAUCUCUCAAUUUAUAAAUCAUUUUAUAGUGAUGUACAGAAAUUAGUAUCAUCGCCAAAUGUUAAAAAGGAAGAUUUCAAACAAACAUUACAACAAGCUAUGAAAGAAAAGGGAUUAGAUACUAAACUUAGGAAUACAGUUUUUCAUUGGGUUAGGACACAAAGCAAACAAAAUAAAUUAGAUCCACUGACAUCCCUUUUAAAAGCUAGUGCACAAUGGGAAAAGAGAAUACAUAAAUCGUUAAAUUCCAUGUGUACAGAUCUUGAGACCUCGUUAGCAAAAAUCAGAUCUCAAAGUGAACAAGAAGAGCUAUCUGACAAAUGGAACGAACUUAGUACUUACACUUUAGGUAACUACAAAACUGAUUUGUCGUUUGUUUCACGAAUACGACCACCUCAAGUCACUAAAAGUCGACGAUUUAUUUCAGACCUUUCGAAAUACAGACCUGUUUAUGCACCAAAAGACUUUUUGGAAGUACUUAUAACUUUAUCCGGCUAUGUUCCUUUCACUAGAGAAGACGAACCAAAGUGGGAGUUUGCACAUUUACCGAUUCAAGUGAAAACCUUAGAUCAGCUUCGAAAAGUUUUCCCAGAAUGGGCACACGGUGAACCUCUUUUGGGUGUUAAUCCAAAUAUGCCGAGUUCAGUACCAGGAUUCGCGACGCUCGAAGCAGAGCGCAUAAGUUUGGGAGAACGGGUAGCGGCUCUCGGUUAUGCGCCAGUUGUACAGGAAUACUUAAAGAAGGGAAGUCCGCAAUGUCUUCGAGCGAAGCUGUGGUCGCAAGUCUUAGGUUCCGAAGUAAAAAGCCAACAAACGGCAUACUUCGGUCAGCUGAAGAAGAAUGUUCUGGAAGUGGAUUUGAUGAUAGACAAAUUAAUAUUCAAAGAUGUACAAUUAACGGCUUCGAACGAUGAUCAGUAUUUUGUAUUUGAAGAUUUAUUGUAUCAGGUGAUGUUAUGUUUUUCUCGCGACGUCGAUGUAAUGCAACAAUUGAAAGGUAGUAUUGGCAAUCCGCCAACGGUAACAAUAAAAGGAAAACAGACUUCAGCGGAAAGUGUGACCGUGUUUCCUCCGAGCGGAAUCAUACCUUUCCAUGGUUUCACUAUGUAUGCAACUCCUUUCUGCUAUUUGUACGACGACCCUGUCCAGUUGUACUACACGUUUCGAGCAUUCUAUGUGCGAUACUGGCAUCGGUUGCACUACAUAUCGACGCAUUCACAGGGUAUUGUAUCAUUGUGUCUACUUUACGAGAGGCUCCUAGAGGCGAACGAACCUUUGCUAUGGAUACAUUUUAGAAAUAUCAACAUCAAUCCAAUAAGAGUGGUGUUCAAAUGGUUGAUGCGCGCAUUCAGUGGACAUCUACCACCGGAUCAACUACUACUGCUCUGGGAUGCCAUACUAGGAUACGAUUGUUUAGAAAUCCUACCAUUAUUAGCGUUGGCAAUACUUAGUUUUAGAAAGGAGAAUAUAUUUCAAGUGAAUACUUUGCAGAAUGUUGAUGCUGUGUUAGCUGAUUUAUCUACAAUUUCUGUCAUACCGUUGUUGCAAUUAGCAUUAAUGAAGCCCUGA